CUGACAGCACACGGCGUCGACCAGGCUAAGGAACUGGGUGCUCACCUUCUUACUGUCGAGCCUCCAAUCGAGGCCGUGUAUUCCAGCCCCUACUAUCGCUGCCUGCAAACCAUCACGCCCUUUGUUUCCCUCAAGGAAGAUGAGAUCAACCGUCUUCGCGAGAAAGACGUGGGCGCUACGAGCGAUGCCACAAUCAUUCGCCCCGAGCAUGGUCUUUGCGAGUGGUACGGAGCCGCCCCGUUUGAGCACCCAACGCCGGCCUCGCCGGAUGUGCUGAAGCCCAUGUUUCGUCACCUCGACUCGACGUAUCAGAGCCGCGUGUUUCCCGCCCGCAAAGGCGAGACAAUCGCUCAAUUGCACGACCGCGUCGCCGCCGCCGUUCAAGCCAUCAUUGAACAAUGCGACGCCGAGGGCAAGCGCGCCGUGGUCCUGUGCUCGCACGCAGCCUCCAUCAUCGCUCUCGGUCGGGUACUCACCGGUGUCAUGCCCGAUAACAUUGAUGCCGAAGACUUCCGAGCCUUCACCUGCGGGCUGAGUGUCUAUCGGAGAAAAUCACCGUCUUCUUCGGAACGAGCGUCAGGAACCAACGGUAGGAUUUGA